AUGGCAGCAGUGCCACAGCAUGAGAUGGGUGCCCUCAUUGAGGAGAUCGUGAAGUUGUGCCAGCAGGAGGCUAUCGAGAUGCAGGAGAAGGCCAUGGCGUACCUGUUCUUCGAAGAGGACGGCACAGAAAUCUUCAGGGUCGGCGACGCCGGACCAGGCGACAUGUUCUUCAAGGUGGGUGUGCAGAAAGUGGCUGUCCUGCGCAGGGAUGGCAACACCAGGAACUUGGUGCAAACAUCCCCUCCCCGUACGGUGGGGUGCAUUCUUCCAGGCCUCAUGCUCUUUGGCUACCAGCGUGGCAUCUUCAUGAAAGGCGCCUUUGCCAUCGACUACACCUCCAAGGACGGGCAGAGCAAAAGACUCUACUGUUCCGCAGCGGGGUCGCCCAACCCUCAGCAAGACUUCGAGAUCAUGCGCAACGCGCUGAAGGCCGAGCCUAAGCUGCAGCACAUCCCGAUGGCGGACUGGGAGGAGGGAACGCUGUGGAAGGCUUCCCCCUAG